CAUGAUGGAUGUGGCCGCCUUCAAACCGAAGGUAGACCUGGCCGACACGUUGGGCGAACGGCACGGUCGCGAAAUUGAAGAUGAUUUCGGUGGCAAAGGUAUUGCCGUCGUUGUGCCCGAUCGAAGUGCCGAACAGCAAGAAGCACAGCUCCAGCAAACCUUGGUCGGAGGUGCCGCCGUCUAUCUGACCGAAACAUUCUACAUUAGCUCGAAGAAAAACACCGUAUUCGAGGUGCGGCUCACCGACAAGGGUCUCUGUCUGAAGAAACAAUCGAACGGUUCGACCAAGGAACAAACCAUCCCGCUAAAGGACAUUAUCGGUUGCCGGUGUCUUCGCAGCAAGCGAAGAUCGCGCGGAAGUUCCUCGUGCACCUGUGCCUCCAUCUCGAGCUCCCAUCAGCUGAAGGUGGUGGAGGAGAAUUCAGGCGAGCAGGACGAAACGGACGUUAGCGCCUAUCUGUACAUCUACGCCUACAUCCUCAAGCGUAAUCGGCGUGGUGGGUUCCGUGAGCGUACCACCAUUACCCUGCGCUUUCGUUCCUUCGAUCGCUACGAGGAUAAUAACCGUGAGGCACAAAAAUGGCGCGCCUCCAUCAAACACCUGGUGGCGGGCGAACCGGUACAGAAGUUUACCUACCAACCGCGGGACACGCGCAAAAUGUUGAUCAUCCUAAAUCCCAAGUCGGGUUCGGGUAAGGCGCGCGAAAUGUUCCAGCAGCGUGUGGCACCGAUCUUUGCCGAGGCAGAGAUUCCGUACGAUCUGCACAUCACGAAGAAAAGUAACUGGGCGCGCGAGUUUGUCCGGCAGCGGGACGUGUAUCUGUGGCGUGGUAUUGUGCUGGUCGGUGGCGAUGGUAUCCUGUUCGAGGUGCUGAAUGGACUGUUCGAGCGGGAAGAUUGGCAGACGGCGAUCGACGAGCUGCCGAUGGGCAUCAUCCCGUGCGGAUCGGGCAAUGGGCUAGCGAAAACGGUGUCCUUCCUUUAUGAAGAGCCGUUCGAAACCAAACCCGUACUGGCGUCAGCUUUAAUGGUAGUUAAGGGAAAACAUUCCAUGUUAGACGUAGUUAGAGUCGAAACACGUUCCAAUAUUAUGUUCUCGUUUCUGUCCGUCGGUUGGGGCCUCAUCUCGGACAUCGACAUCGAGAGCGAACGAUUGCGUGCCAUCGGUGGGCAACGGUUCACCGUGUGGUCCGUCCACCGGCUGAUCAGCCUGCGCACCUACCAGGGCAAGGUGUAUUAUCUUCCCGCCUUAGUUAGUCAAACGAAUGGUGGCGAAGGUGGUGGCCCUCAUCCAAACGGUGGCGGUAUCGGUACCCUCAAGCACAGUGUCAGCUACAACACCACACUCAACUGUCGCGAUUGCCGGGGGCUAGCAGGACAGGACGGUGGUGGUACGAUCGGCGGUAGCUGCGAUGCCUGUGAUACAAACUUUAGCGAUGUGCUAUCGCUCGAAACGGGCACCAAUUUGGAUUCGUUUCGACCGCGCAUCGAUAGCUGGUAUUCGGCCACCUCCCGCAAAAGCACCUACUUCUCGACCGUCGACAGUAUAUACGAGAGUGACAAAGCUUCCAACGAUGAUCCGACGCAGAACGGGGGUGGCCCGAAUGGGGGCGUAAUGUAUGGACCACCUUCCCGGCUUCCCGCACUAACUGCCACACUUCCGGACACGUGGCAAACGAUUGCCGGCGAGUUUGUGAUGGUACACGCCGCGUACCAGUCGCACCUUAGUACGGAGUGUUACUUUGCGCCCCAAUCGCGGCUAAACGAUGGCAUCAUAUGGCUGCUGAUUAUUCGUGCGGGUGUUUCGCGAUCGCAGCUACUUUCGUUCCUGCUCGGGCUAAGCUCGGGAACGCACAUUCCGAUGCAGGCGAACGAACACAUCCAGAUGGUACCGGUUUCGGCGUUCCGGAUCGAACCAACUAGUACUAAUGGGCACAUGACGGUCGACGGGGAGAAGGUCGAGUGUGGACCGAUUCAAGGUGAAAUAUUCCCAAAUCCCGAAAUGGCUGUCUACUGCUGGGGUAAUACAGCUCACGGUGAGCUCGGGCUCGGUGGUAUUGAGGAAGAACAGGUAAUGGUUCCACGUAAGAUGGAAUGGUCACAGGCCGAAGAUGUGGCCCAGGCGGCCUGCGGAACCACACACACGCUGUUCCUCACGAAGGAGGGCAAAAUGUACGCCUGCGGGAAUAAUGAUCAUGGUCAACUGGGCCACGACAACGACACGCUACCAAACAAAAGGCCACGUAUGUCCAGAUUUAAGCUGUUGACAUCGCUGGAAAACUACAUCAUCAUACAUGUUAGCUGUGGUACGGCACACUCCCUAGCGUUAACGAACUGGGGCCAGGUGUUUAGCUGGGGCUCGAACGCAGUCGGUCAGCUAGGGCACGACACGGAAAACGGGCGACAACCGACACCACGCAUGAUAAAAGCGAUCGGUGCCAAGCAUGUGGUUCAGAUCGCAUCCGGCCAAUACCACUGUUUGGCCCUUACAAACAAUGGUGAUCUGUACGCGUGGGGUUCAAACUCGUACGGUCAGCUCGGAAUUGGUACGACAAAUGAAAAGGUCCCGAUACCAACGCUGGUACAAUCGUUGGCCGGUGUACCGAUAGCAUUUAUCGCGUGCGGUGGAAAUCAUAGUUUCGCUGUAUCCAAAUCGGGUGCAAUAUUUGGCUGGGGCAAAAACACCUUUGGCCAGCUCGGACUGAACGACCUGAACUCGCGCUGCUAUCCAACACAGUUACGCACCCUACGCAGUCUGGGCGUCCGGUACAUUAGCUGUGGUGAUGAUUUUUCCGUCUUUCUUACCAACGAAGGAGGCGUGUUUACGUGUGGGGCGGGUACUUUUGGCCAGCUCGGGCACGGUAGCUGUAGCAACGAGAUACUGCCCCGGAAAGUGUUUGAGCUGAUGGGAAGCAAAAUAACGCAAGUUGCAUGCGGUCGACGGCAUACGCUAGCGUUUGUGCCUUCACGCGGGAAGAUAUACGGGUUCGGGCUGAGCGGUGUCGGCCAGCUGGGGAUCGGGAUGCUCGGCAACUUCAACACGCCGCAGAUUGUGCGUGGACCGUGGUUCAAACCCGAAUUCGAAGCGUCCGGCUGUGAUGAAGAAUCGCAAAUCACUGUAAAUCGCAUCUUUUCCGGUGGCGAUCAGUGCUUUGUGUCGGUGAUGGGAAGUGACGGUUCUGCCGAUUUUCGCGUUUAUGACAAUACCACGCAGAUUCUUUCCCUGUCGCCCGAAAUGGGCAAAGAGCUAGCAAAAAUCGAACCCGAACAAACAGUCGAACAAGAUCUGAUAACGUCGGUGGAAACGAUCUUCAAAUCGUUGGCCUGUCUGAACGGUUCCCUGCUACUGCCAAACGAUGAACACUUUUGCUGUACCUCCAAACACCCGGGUGUGGAUAUGAACGCGGCCGACGAAACGUUCGAUCAGAUACGUAAAGUUGAGCGUGACACGAUUCGCCAGGUUAUCCGCGAAUCGAUCGAAUCGGAACUGCUCGGUGCCUUAACGCCUUCGCCGGCCGAUGUAGAGACGCUACGGAUCUAUCUGCUGCUACCGCUGUACCACGAAUUUAUCAACCCGAAACACUACCAAAAGCUCCACUCACCGUUCGGACAGUCGGUGCUAAAGCUGACCAAAAAUGCGUACGAAAUCGUGGUAAACUGGUGGGCCAACCAGUCGAAGGAGUACUUCGAACGGAUGGUGGAAAACUUCAAGAGCGCCAUCCUGUACAUCAUUAGCUUUAAGCUGUGCCGGGUGAUCGAUCCACCGACCAAGCAGGAGGUACGGUACGAUGCCCAUCUUGCCACCAUGCUCGACAUUAUCGCGGUCCUGUACUGGAUCAAUCAUCAGAAGCGCACACAAAAGCUGCCGUACGAACAGUUUCACAUUAACGAGAUUGACGAUCUGGUCGAUAUCCGGCAGGAUUAUAUGCGCUGGACGACGGACACCAAAGGCGUCACGUUUUCGCUCUGUAAUUAUCCUUUCAUUUUUAAUGCCGCGGCGAAGAUGCUUUUGCUGCAGACGGACCAGAUGAUGCAGAUGUACCAGGCGAUGCAGAGUGCCGCGACCGUCAAUCUGCUCUCGAUGCUUUGCUCCCCGAUGCCCAGUGCCGCCUCGCAGUACAUUGUGCUUAAUGUGACGCGGGAAAACAUUGUGCAGGACACGAUCCGGGAGCUGUCGCAUUACGCCGCUAGCGAUCUGAAGAAACCGAUCAAGAUCAAGUUCUGCGGCGAGGAGGCAGAAGAUGCCGGUGGUGUGCGGAAAGAGUUCUUCAUGUUGCUGCUGCGAGAUAUACUUGAUCCGAAGUACGGGAUGUUUAAAUCGUUCGAAGAUUCACGGGCGAUGUGGUUUACGGCGGAUUAUUUUGACAACGAUGAUAGUAUGUUUGCGUUGAUCGGUAUACUGUGUGGGCUGGCGAUCUAUAAUUUUACCAUCAUUGCGCUACCGUUCCCGCUGGCACUGUACAAGAAGCUGUUGGGUGAGGAGGUUGAUAUGCAGGAUCUGAAAGAUUUAGCACCGAGCGUAGCCAAUUCGAUGCAAAGCAUACUGGACUACGGGGAGCCGGAUUUGGAGGAGGUGUUUGAUCUGACCUUUACCACCACGCGGGACUAUUUCGGGGAGGUGCAAACCAUUCCGCUGAAACCGGAUGGGGAAAACAUUCGACUGACACAAUCCAACAAGCAAGAGUUUGUUCAAUUGUACAUUGACUACGUGUUUAAUAAAUCGGUUGAGAAGUCAUUCCGACAGUUUCACGCCGGGUUUAUGCGUGUGUGCGGUGGCCGGGUGUUAAAACUGUUCAAGGCACACGAACUGAUGUCGGUUGUGGUGGGGAACGAGGAGUACGAUUGGCUGGAGCUGGAGGAGAACGCCGAAUACAAGAACGGUUACAAGUGUAGCGAUCAAACGAUACGGUGGUUUUGGGAGGUAUUUCACGAGUUACCACUGGAGGAGAAGAAAAAGUUCCUCCUCUUCCUUACCGGCUGUGAUCGUAUCCCGAUCAUGGGUAUGAAGGCGAUCAAGAUAUACAUUCAACCGACACCGGACGACAAAUUCCUACCGGUUGCACACACCUGCUUUAAUCUGCUCGAUCUACCUCAGUACCAAACGAAGGAGAAGCUCAAGUACAAAUUGCUACAGGCAAUCCAGCAAACGCAAGGCUUUAGCUUGGUGUGAGACAAACC